GGAUUUGAAUGCACAGAAAAUAGUGACCUGGGGGACCCGCUCAGAAAGAGCUCCAUGUGUAAGGAGGCGCCUAGAAGCAAGUUUAGACUGCUGCGGGAGAAGUGGACGAAUGUUCCCGGAAUAGAUGGCGGUGGGUUAGCUGAUGCUAGUCUCACAGAUUCCUACUUUAGCACCAGCUUCAUUGGCGUUAAUGGAUUUGGAAGUCCCGCUGAAACAAAGUAUCCCAUGAUGCAGAGGAUGACAAACAGCAGCAGCUCCCCUAGCCUUCUCAAUGACAGUGCCAAGCAGUAUGCAGGCCAUGAUCCGUUAACUUCUCCAAAUUCAUCUUUGUUUAAUGACUUUGCUGCCCUCAGCCUGUCUCAAAGGAGGAAGCUGGCAAAACCAGCAUUUCCUUCGUUUAUCACUGACUUGGAGGACAGAUAUAAUACGGUCUUGCCCAGGAAGUAUCGACUGGGGAUGCUGGAUGAGAGGAUAGUUCCGGUGGGAUCAAAAACAAGAAAAUCCAAGAACCCUAUCGGCUGUCUGGCUGACAGGUGUAAAACAGGGGUGCCCCUCAAUAUGGUUUGGUGGAACAGAGUCACAGACAACAAUUUACAGACCCCAAAUCCUACUGCGAGUGAGUUUAUUCCUAAGGGUGGAUCAAGCUCCAGGAUGAGCAACGUGUCCCAGUCAAACAUGUCUGCCUUCUCUCAAGCCCUMUUCUCCCACCCCUCCAUGGGAAGUCCCGCUACUGCUGGGCUAGCACCAGGAAUGUCGCUGUCAGCAGGAUCUUCUCCUCUUCAUUCCCCCAAAAUAACCCCCCAUACGUCUCCUGCUCCCCGAAGAAGAAGUCAUACUCCUAACCCAGCAAACUAUAUGGUGCCUACUAGUGCCUCUGCUUCCGUCGCUAACGCGGUGUCCCAGCCUCCGUCUACYGGCCAGGUGAUCCAGAAGGAAACGGUGGGUGGAACGACAUACUUCUAUACGGAUACAACGCCAGCGCCUGUCACCGGAAUGGUAUUCCCAAAUUACCACAUCUACCAUCCAGCUGCACCUCACGUUGCUUACAUGCAGCCCAAGGCAAAUGCACCUUCCUUCUUCAUGGCAGAUGAACUCAGACAGGAACUGAUCAACAGACACUUAAUAACUAUGGCACAGAUCGAUCAAGCUGAUAUUCCUGCAGUUCCUGCGGAAGUGGACAGCUACCACAGCCUCUUUCCCUUAGAACCACUGCCACCACCCAACCGGAUCCAGAAAACGAGCAACUUCGGGUACAUCACGUCGUGCUAUAAGGCUGUAAAUAGUAAAGAUGACCUGCCGUAUUGCCUUCGGAGGAUACAUGGUUUUCGUCUCGUUAACACAAAGUGCAUGGUAUUGGUUGACAUGUGGAAAAAAAUUCAGCACUCAAAUAUAGUAACCUUGCGUGAAGUAUUUACCACUAAAGCAUUCGGAGAACAUUCUCUUGUGUUUGCAUAUGAUUUUCAUGCUGGAGGAGAGACUAUGAUGAGCAGACACUUCAAUGACCCUAGCGCUGAUGCUUAUUUCACCAAACGAAAAUGGGGUCAGCAUGACGGACCUCUGCCCCGGCAGCAUGCUGGAUUGCUUCCCGAGUCUCUGAUUUGGGCGUAUAUUGUGCAGCUCAGCUCGGCGCUACGGACCAUUCACACCGCGGGCCUGGCCUGCCGAGUUAUGGAUCCCACAAAGAUUCUAGUAACUGGCAAAACAAGGUUACGAGUUAAUUGUGUUGGAAUCUUUGAUGUGUUAACAUUUGACAACAGUCAAAAUAAUCCUCUGGCAUUAAUGGCUCAGUUUCAGCAAGCAGAUCUGAUCUCCCUGGGGAAAGUUGUGUUGGCUUUGGCUUGCAAUUCUUUAUCAGGAAUUCAGAGAGAGAAUUUGCAGAAAGCGAUGGAAUUAGUGACAAUCAACUAUUCCUCUGAUCUGAAGAAUCUGAUUUUGUAUUUGCUGACUGACCAAAACAGGCUUCGCAGUGUGAACGAUAUCAUGCCUAUGAUUGGUGCACGAUUCUAUACUCAAUUGGAUGCCGCUCAAAUGCGAAAUGAUGUUAUAGAGGAAGACCUUGCAAAGGAGGUGCAAAAUGGAAGGUUGUUUAGGCUUCUAGCAAAAUUGGGAACAAUCAAUGAGAGGCCAGAGUUUCAGAAAGACCCAACGUGGUCGGAGACUGGAGACAGGUAUUUACUAAAGCUCUUUCGAGACCACCUUUUCCACCAGGUGACAGAAGCGGGUACUCCUUGGAUUGACCUCAGUCACAUUAUCUCAUGUCUUAACAAGUUAGAUGCUGGUGUGCCAGAAAAAAUAAGCCUCAUUUCCAGAGAUGAGAAGAGUGUACUUGUGGUAACUUACAGCGAUUUAAAACGCUGCUUUGAAAAUACUUUUCAAGAACUGAUUGCAGCCGCAAAUGGUCAGUUGUAGUAUUUGCUGAAAGCAUGCAGGACAUUGCUGAGGAACUUAACCAAUAGCAAAUUGCACUACAGCUGAAUUGUUGUUGUCAUCUCAUUUCACAUUUGGGAAACAAACAGGAGAUGAGCAAAGCUGCUUGCACUUCAGUCAGGUACACUGUUACUUGAAGGGAAGAAUGUUUCACUUAUCCUAGAGCUAAGGCUGCCAUUGGAGGCUUUAUCUGUGAAGAAUUUAUUUUAGAUUAAGGAACACAUCAGGUGCAUGAUGUUCCUGCUUUUAUUUUUUCCACUUGUAUAUGCACUAAUUUUAAUUUUUUUAAGACUUUUCUGAUCUCUGAAGUUUUGCCACAUUGUAUACUUAUUAAGGGAAACUCUUUGCAAGGACAUUUCUGGGAUACAUUUUUGUCACUGAGGAUAUAGCAAAAUUUAUUCAUUUUGAUAUUAUUUGCACCCAGAAUAGCAUAAAGGACCAGGUAAAUAAUUUAAUAGCAAUUGUGUUCUAUCAAUUACUGUUUAGUUUGUAACCUCUGUAAAAGUGUGUUGUAUGCAAGCUCUGUAUGCCACCCACUGUUUAAGAAAGAAACAAACCAGACGACAAAACUUUUUUUUUUUAAAAAAGAAAUCACGUGAAGUAUCAGUGAAUUGUCAAAAAAAAAAAAAAAAAAAAGAGGAAAAAGAAAGAAAUCCCCUCUGAUUUGAUUUAAAUAUUGUCUAAGCGAAGUGACGAAAAUAGCAUCAUGAGAAGCAUCUAUGAUUUAAGGAGCAUAUCAAAUUUGCUCUAAACACAACCAGCGCCUUUUAAAAACUGUUUGUACGUUUUCAUGCUAGGCAGAAGCAUUUACAUUUAUGCAAUUUUUUUAAUAGUUUUUUUUAAAGAAAUUGUGUUUAAAUGCCUGAAGUUUCAGGAGUGUAUUACUUUAGGUUUAUUUACGAUAUAAUUUUUGUAUAAAGUUCUGUUCUUUGAACCACAGCUUUAUUAUGGUACGCUACACUGGAUACAGAUACAAAGACACUGUUAAAAGAAGAUUAACUAAACACAGCAGUUGUCUGGCAUCAAGAGCUUUUCAAGUUUUACAGCCUGAAUCUGGAGGGAUAAUGAUCUGCUGUGCCUUUGCAGUCACUGCUUAGCCCAAAGUAAUAUUACUUUUGAUAAUACUCAACACAUGAAUAUUCCUGAAGUAAUUCAGUCUCAAAAGUCUGGAAUUUUCCUCCUCAGUUAACUUUCUAAUAUUCGGACAUGCAGUUGUUCUCCAUGCUUGGGUAUUUAUGGGAUUUGUAGUUAAACACCUACACUUUGAUACUGAAGACUGCCAAAUAUGUAGGAAUUUCCUUUCUUAAAGCAGUAGUGAAGACUGUACCUAUCCUUUCCCAGCACUGAAUGUUUCAAUAGCACUGGGUGCUCACCAUGAAGAAAAUGUGGAAACUCAAAAGGUCAGGACAGACUCUAAGCACUUGCAACUGAUGUUACUGACAUCACUUUUAAUAAUUCUCAAUAUUUGUAGUUUUCAGAGAAGUUUUUAAUAUUUCUCUGUCCACUUUUAUAAGCUUUAAAAUGAUCCGCCGCCUUGAGACUUGCAUCAAGAAAAGCAACUCUCUUCACAUCGAAAGCUUUGAAGACUAGGGACAUGCUUUACACAUUUUAGAGAAUGUGGUUGGAUCCACAUUAGGUAGCAUCAGUUGUUGAGUUGAAAAAUCGAUUAUUGUUGCAUUUGAUCGAAUGAAUUUUAAAAGGAGCAUAAUGUUUAAUAUUCAAACGAUCACAGUUGCCAGAAUGUUCUUUUUAAUGUAAAAGGAACAGGAACUUUGAGAAGUGAACAUGCAAAACAGUCUUUUAUCAUUAGCUCAUGUAUUUGAGGAAGAGCAGCUGUCUUUUAUAUGUUUUUUGACAAAUCAUAUUGUAAUUCUUUUGUACAAAAAAGAAGUACUUGUAUUCUAGAAGAAAUAUGAAAUGCUUAAUUUAUAAGCGGGCUGAGGUUUUUUCCAGUAUUGUUUUCUUUGAAAAUGAAAGGGGAUCAUCUGUUCAGUUGUGGGGUUUGGGAACCUUUGAAAAUUUAAUUUGUGGACCAAUAUUUUGUGAAAGUGUAAGGCAGGGGUAAAAUAGGGCUUGAAUUCUCAUCCUUUUUAGACCAGCAAAUCACCCUCUGCGAGACAUGUCUAAAUUGCAAACUUGUGUGUAUCUGCAUAAUGUCCGUUCGCUUCAGCCCCUAGUAACCUCAGGACUUGGUUUAAAAAUAAAAAGGUAGACAGCUAAUAAGUUUUCAUACAUAAACAAUGUCAGCCAGAAAAUAUUUGAUGUCAGGUAAUACAUUUAAAAAAAAAAAAUGUUUUUUAUUUAUUUCAUUUGGUCCAUAUUUGGGAAUGAUUUGAACAGUCUGAAGUUCAACCUGGGUGUUUUUUGGGGGGAGAGCCCUUCAACCCCAUUUUAAUUCCAUUUAGAAGGUUGUCCUAAAGUUGUAGUUUGAUCCAUUCAUAGGAAGAUUUGUGUAUCUGUAUCUAAWAAUAAUAAUAAUAAUACUACCACCAGGAGAUGCCCCCCUAGAUGGGAAAUGUAAUUCUGACCUUCCU